UCUACUCUUUCGUUUCUGUUUCCGCGGCGAACCGCUCAAAUAAAAAGAGGAGAGGAGGUGAGAGGUAGCGAUGGCGGAGAGCCCGAGCUCGAUUGAAUCGAUCAGGAAAUGGAUCGUGGAGCACAAGCUGCGGGCCGUCGGGUGCCUUUGGCUCAGCGGGAUAGGGAGUUCGAUCGCCUACAACUGGUCGCGCCAUAACAUGAAACCCAGCGUCAAGAUCAUCCACGCGAGGUUGCAUGCUCAGGCUCUGACACUGGCUGCCUUAGCUGGUGCUGCCUUGGUCGAGUACUACGAUCAUCAGUCUAAACCAGGAUCAAAUGUGGUCAAAUAUCCCGAUCAAUUCCUGGCACACCCACAGAAAGACUAGAAGCAUUUGAUGAGCCGCCCUCACCCUCCAAUAAACUCUCAGAUCACUCGAUUUUUCUUGAUUCGGUGAUUAUUCUUUUCUAAUGCAUUAUGUGCAAACAAUUGCACUAAAAAUCAUUAUUUUCUGUAAAGGCAGAGUUCAGUUUCUGUCGUUGCCACAAUCAUUAUAUUGGCGUUGUCAUUUUGAUGCCUUUUUCUAUUUAAAUUUAUGAAUCAGUUAAAGAUGAUUUAGUUUCCA